AUGGCUUAUUCAAACGGCGCCUGCAGCCAGCUGACAACGUCUGUUGAUGGAGGUUACCGAGCAACUUUGCUGGCAAAGAACUUUAUUCUCACUGUCAGUCAAGCAAGUGUUGAUGCCGCAGUGAUUGGGCAUUUGGAACCUAGGGAACAUCCAGCCGAAGACCGUGAACCUCUGGGGGUCGAUGAAACAAGGUACCUGUUAGAUCACGGCCAUUCAUUCAGCACUAAAGAUGCCACAAUUGGCUGGGCUUUAUAUGGAGCUUAUGACUCUGAGCCCCCUGCCCAACUAGCUGACGGCCAAUGGGAUGAAAAGCUCAGCCAGACUGUUCUUGACGAAUUCCAAACACGCAAUCUCAAGCUUAGCCUUCGAGACGAAAUAAAGGCCUACCGAAAACAGUGGGUGAGCUUUAUAGCUACCGGAGAACGAGACUUUAAAGGUCUAGCUCUCAGGGACAUCGCCGCAGAGCUUUCCAAGCUGGAAGGCCAUUUCCAUCAAGCUGAAAAGCAACAAGUCAAGAGAAAGUCAACAGAUUUGGGGCUAGACUCAGAACUUAUCGCCGAAGAAGACAUUAAUCACAGAGAGUUCAUUCAUCGGACCGAGCAUAAAUUUCCACAACAAUGGAAGGAAAGAAUUAAGCGAGUCGGCGAAUUUGUUGACAUGCAGCUUUGGCGUUUAAAGUUGCUUUUCUUUGACGACGUCAAAUUGGUCAACAAUCAAAACGCGGGUGAUGCUCUCGAUAUCUUUAAAGAAGAGGGGGAAAUGAUGGAAGCAUUUGCUCUUCACUAUGAUCUAGAUCCUGGAAUAGAACAUAGCGACGCCGGUUUUGCCGCUGCCAAAGCUUUGGACACGCUAUUGAGAUACCAUCAUCGGGUUAUGGCAAAGGCAAGGAUGCUGUACUUUUGCGAACAAAUUGAUCGGAGACUUAGUGCAAGGAACACAGGUUGGAAUAUACUGCUGGCUUGA